ACUGGGAGAGAAAAAAUAAAAAAAUCUGAGAGAAAACGACAGACAUCGGCUUCCGUUUUAACACUCGAUAUUGGUGGACGUUACGUUCCCAAAGCACUGAUUUCAUUCUCAGUGGAAGCGUGAGAGUACUGAGUCAACAAUGGCGAUCGAGGCAUGGUUCAUGGACGACAGUCUUGAAGACCCAAGGCUUCCUCACCAUCGCCACCCCAAAGAGCUUGUUCCUCUCGACCACUUAGCCGAAUUGGGAGUGCUGUACUGGCGAUUGAACCCAAAUGAUUACGAGAACGACGAAGAGUUACGCAACAUAAGAGAAGCCAGAGGUUACAAUUACAUGGAUUUGCUUAAUAUAUGCCCAGAGAAAUUGGAGAAUUACGAAGAGAAGCUGAAGAAUUUCUACACAGAGCACAUACACGCGGAUGAAGAGAUUCGUUAUUGUUUAGAAGGGAGUGGUUACUUUGAUGUUAGGGACAAGGAUGACCGUUGGAUUCGAAUCUGGAUCAAAGCUGGUGAUCUUAUCAUUUUGCCUGCUGGGAUUUAUCACCGUUUCACCUUAGACACCAACAACUAUGUUAAGUUGAUGAGGUUGUUUGUGGGAGAGCCUGUUUGGACGGCUUAUAAUCGACCACAAGAAGACCACCCAGCAAGGAAGGAGUAUAUCAACAAUUUGACUCAGAAAAUUGGAAUGCCAUUGGCAGCUUAUUGAGGUUCUUCAACACCUUUUGUAAUGGUCAAUUUAUAAGAAUUUUAAUGGUUAAUCUAUGUGUAUUAUUAUGCUACUCUUAUAUGUGUCUCUGUCUAUGCAUGUAUUUUGAACAGUAAAGUGUAUUAGUUUGAGUCGCUGUUCUGUGUCUUUGUUGGACUUGGGGCUAUAUGUAUAUCGACUAUUACAGUAGAUUAUUGGUAAUGAUGCUUAAUUAUUGGAAAACAA